AUGUCGGCGCAGGCCCAGAUGCGCGCGAUGCUGGACCAGCUGAUGGGCACGUCCCGGGACGGAGAUACCACUCGUCAACGAAUCAAAUUCAGUGAUGACAGAGUUUGCAAGAGUCAUCUUCUCAACUGUUGCCCCCAUGAUGUUCUCUCUGGAACUAGAAUGGAUCUUGGAGAAUGUCUGAAAGUUCAUGACCUGGCUUUAAGAGCUGAUUAUGAAAUUGCAUCCAAAGAACAAGACUUUUUCUUUGAACUUGAUGCCAUGGACCAUCUGCAGUCAUUUAUUGCAGAUUGUGACAGAAGAACAGAAGUGGCAAAGAAAAGAUUAGCAGAAACUCAAGAAGAGAUUAGUGCUGAAGUAGCAGCAAAAGCUGAACGUGUUCAUGAGUUAAAUGAAGAAAUCGGUAAAUUGCUAGCAAAGGUGGAACAGCUGGGUGCUGAAGGGAAUGUGGAAGAAUCCCAGAAAGUGAUGGACGAAGUCGAGAAAGCGAGGGCAAAGAAGAGGGAAGCUGAGGAGGUCUAUCGGAAUUCUAUGCCGGCAUCCAGUUUCCAGCAGCAGAAGCUGCGCGUCUGUGAGGUCUGCUCUGCUUAUCUAGGACUCCACGACAAUGACAGAAGACUAGCUGAUCACUUUGGAGGCAAACUGCACCUGGGAUUUAUUGAAAUAAGAGAGAAGCUUGAAGAACUAAAGAGAGUUGUGGCUGAGAAGCAGGAGAAGAGAAAUCAGGAACGUCUGAAACGCAGAGAAGAAAGAGAGAGAGAAGAACGAGAGAAACUGAGGAGUAGCAGUAAGGAAUCCAGGAGAUCCCGGUCCAGAGAGCAUCGCAGACAUCGUUCUCGCUCCAUGUCACGAGAACGGAAGAGAAGAACUCGGUCCAAAUCUCGUGAGAAACGCCACCGCCACAGGUCUCGCUCCAGCAGCCGCAGUCGCAGCCGCAGCCACCAGAGGAGCCGGCAUAGUUCUAGAGAUAGGAGCAGAGAGCGCUCCAAGAGGAGAUCCUCAAAAGAAAGAUUCAGAGACCAAGACAUAACAUCACGUGACAGAGACAAGCGUUCAAGAGACCGAUCACCUCGUGACAGAGACCAGAAAGCUAAGAAGCAGGCCUGUGAGAGCGCCAACGGCAGGUCAGAAGACAGGAGGAGCUCCGAAGAGCGAGAAGCAGGGGAGAUCUAG